CAAACAUGCAUAUUCUGAUUGUGUUUUUGCUUGCCUCAAUUUCUGUUUCAAGAGCAGAAAUUGAUAUUCAAUCACAAGAUUUUAUCGAUUCAAUUAAUCAAAAACAAUCACAUUGGGUCGCUCGUCGAAAUUUUCCCGAAAACACCUCUAAUGAAUUUUUCUACACACUAAACGGAUUCCUGGGACUUCAUCCUGAUCCUAAUUACAAGCCAGAAAAAGUUAUACAUAAUUUCAACCUUGAAGAUAUUCCAAAAACUUUUGAUGCCCGAACGAAGUGGCCAAAUUGUGAAUCUUUGAAUAGAAUUAGAGAUCAAGGAUCGUGUGGAUCAUGUUGGGCAUUUGCAGCGGUAGAGUCGAUGUCUGACAGAAUAUGUAUUCAAUCCUCAGGAGCACAGAAAUUUUUCUUUUCCGCAGAAGACCUUCUUUCAUGUUGUACAACUUGUGGUAGCUGUGCCGGUGGUUACAUGAUGGCUGCUUUUGAUUUUUAUAUUAACGAAGGACUUGUCUCUGGUGGAGAUUUGAAUUCAAAUGAAGGUUGUAGACCAUAUACUGCAGAUCCUCACGAUAACGGCAAAACUCCUUCAUGCACCAAAAGUUGUCGCAGUGGUUACCCAACCAGUUACAGUUCCGAUAAACAUUAUGGCAGCAAAGAUUACAUUAUUGACGCUGGAAUUAGUAACAUUCAGUAUGAAAUUAUGACAAAUGGACCUAUUAUUGUAAAUUUUAAAGUGUAUCAAGAUUUCUACAAUUAUGGAUCUGGAGUUUACCAUCAUGUAAGUGGAGACAGCACCGGUUACCAUGUUGUUAAAAUAGUGGGAUGGGGAACUGAACAAGGACUGGACUACUGGCUCAUUGCUAAUUCUUGGAGCAAAAGUUGGGGUGAAAAUGGAUUUUUCAAGAUAUUAAGAGGACAAAAUGAAUGUGGCAUUGAAAAUAAUCCUUACGCAGUAUCCCCAAAACUUUAAACAUUUUUUAAUUAUUACAAUUCUUAUUUUACCUACUAUAUGGGCCUGUUUAGCACGAAAUGAUUUUUAGAUAUAAAACCUAUCGAUUCUAUGAUUAUUAAAACAUAUUUUUAAAAAUAAAAUUUCAAGGCGGUUUAA